ACGAACCUAGGUCCACGGAUACCUGCAAGAAUUACACAAUCCAGACCUCACAAAAAUUUCACAAUAUAGAAGAAAAUAAGUCUAGAACUACAGAAAGAAUCAGUCUAUUUUAGGAACACUCGAUUACGACGAAAUUGAUUCCAGAAUAUCAUAAGAACGCACAAGGAAAAUUGUCUUAAUUUGAUUGGACAAAUUCAAAGUUCGUGUAACCUGAUUGGAUUACAUCAUUCACAUAUUCAACCACUGUUGAGUUUCCAUAGCAGAAGAAAACAACUAAUACCUCUGGUAUACGAAAUUUUUCCAUAAUAAUCUGAUGUAGCAGAGAAUGGCGAAAAGUACAGUAUUUCUGAGCUUUCUGGUAUUACUGUGUAGCAGAUAUGUUGAGUCUGAUUUGUUUUAUGAUGUGCUGAACACGGUGGACCCAUGUGAGGCAUAUUGUGAGAAGACAUAUCCCGGAAAUUCAGUUCCCAAUGUAAAAUAUGGAUCAUGCUGUCGGCAAGGCUGCAGGUUUUUUACUCUAAUACAUCUGAUUGAUGACAAGGAAAAUUCAGACUUGAACAGUACCAAAGAUGCCUGUCAAGCAUCUUGCAUGGAAGCGUAUAGCCACACCAAGGAUCGGUAUGGAUGUAAUCUUGGCUGUGCAAGUAUGGCUAAGCAGAAGAAAGUGGACUCUCUGGUAGCACAAAUUAGCUGGUCACUUUAUGUUGAGGAUGGUAACAGUGUCCUGAUGCUACAACCUGCAGGUGACUUUGAACCAGAUGAUGUCCUGACAGAUCCGGGAUUAAAGCGCCAACUUGAACGCAGUUGGGGCUUUGGAAAUGGGGACAGCAAUGGCAAAGUUGAUCAGAGCACUGGUCGUUUACCCAAAACACACGUGAAAACAAUGCCACCAGAAGAGUAUGCACUUGGCGCUGUGAGAGAUCAACAUUUUUUGGAAACAGCUCGUAGCUUUGGAGGUGACUGGUUGGAUUGUGCAGCUCGUAAAUCAGGUCUGCCACGUCUGCUUGUAGCAGGUGCUAUCACAUUUGCGGUUCUACUAGCAUUGUGGCUCUGCUUGGCUCCUGAAAGACGAACCAGCAAGCUGGAGUCCUUUCCAGUCCUGGAUGAACCUGAAGACCCAUUUGACUGUCCACCUAAAUAUUCGCUUCACAUAGAUAAAGUGUAAAAUAAAAGAGUUUGAUGGCUUUAUAAUGAAUACCCAGAAGAUCACCAUCACACCAAGUGACGACUGUGAAAACAAGGAUCUGCACAUGUGAGGUGUACAGAAGAGAACAAUAAUUUAUUACAUAUAUUCACAUAUUUCUCUUAAAUCUCAGUGUGAUUCUCAUCUUAUCAUAAUAUCACUCCUUAUUACAAAUAAAAUAAUUUUUUGCUCAUUACGAAAAUAUUUGUGUGUUUACAUCGAAGAUAAAAUGUAAUACAUCAAUCGCUUGCAAACCUUUUAGGUUAUGUUUCUAUAAAAUAUUGUGACUGGCAAGACCAAAGCAUUGUGGGAAACUGGGGAUUAGAGGAAACUGUGGCACAAGUGUCUUGGAAAGUAAAGAGGUGCAGUACAAUGGCAGUCUAGAUGGUAGUAUACUGAUACAAAUGAAUAACAAUCAGAUAAUGUUAAUUGGGUGCCUUGGUGUAGAAGCCAUCUUCCUCCCCCCCCUCCACAUAUAUACCAAAAUUAAAAAUAGUGGAUACAUAAACCCGAAUACCAUGGUUGGCAAAACUGGAUACAGAUGGAAAAUUGCAAAUCCUUGAACUCUGCAUCAGGCAUUGGCUAGCUCUGCAUUUGACUAAUGAGGUUAGGACUUACGUAGGAUAAAUUGGACGUUCAAAAUAAUGGUUUAUAUCAAUAAAAUUUUACUACAAUUGCAAGGAAUGGUGCACAGCAGCCCUCUGCAAUGUGAGAUUGUUUCUGAAACAUUAUCUUGAUUAUAUGACUUGUAAGUAAUGCUGUGCUUAUUUGUCAUCACUAUUACUCACGUGUCCUAGCAGAAAAAAAACAUAUCUGUGGUUAAUUGAAUAUAAUCUGAUCUGUUAAAUUCAAAAUAGUAAAUGGUGUUUAACAGAACACAUUCCUUACAUGUGAACCACUAGCUUAGAUACUGCAGUCAUGUUUGGGAAUAUUCUGAAUAGAUGUGUGUGGGUCAUUAUAUAAACAUCUUUCAGUUGCAUCUCCCACUCAACUAUGUAUAUCACAAGUUGAUUCAUGGAAGGUAUAUGGCACCAGCUGACCAAUUACACAGUGAUAUUGUAACGUGUUUUGUUACUGAUUACGCCGUUCGGAUUGUUAACUGGUUUAUUUAACAGCCUACAAUACUC